AUGUUCUUUUUCAUUACCUCUUUCCUCAUUGUAUUCUCCAUAUGUUUGAUUGGCAUUACUAAUAGUAGCACAUUAAUAGUGACCAAUGGUUCCCCCGUGUCUUACAGUAGUUAUAGUUCGUUGACUUUCGAUUGGGAUGGAUGUUUGGAUUACUGUGUAAAUGACGAAAUGUGUAUGGUCAUUUUUAACAAUGGAUCUGACACUACUUGUCAAUUAUUCAAAAUCGGAGAUCUUCAAUCAGUGAAACGGCGAUACAGUUCUGAAGUAAAAGUUGCUUUCAAAUUGAACAAAGAUAAUUCGUCGACAUGUCCGGCAAAUGAUACAUUAUCUGGGGGAGGUUAUGUACUUGGAUACAAUGAUACUCUUCGAAGGCAAUCCUAUCAUGGUUAUUCUAUCACAUAUGAUCCAGAAAACCUAAUGUGGAAUUUCAAUUCGACUGGAGUAACUAUGUGUGCAUCUGCAGGUUAUAAAAUGUCUAUCAGGCCAAAGGGACCAUGGUGUUUUUAUUUGUUCAACACUGGAGCCGCCCUAACUACUCAAGAAGAAGCUGCAUAUAACUGUUCUGUAAAGUGGUCUGGUGUUCUGAGUGGACUUGACACGCCCGAAGAAUUUCAAGCGGUGACAGUAAUGGCUAAAAAUCACGGAUAUGAUUUCUCCAGUGCUGAGAACGCUGCAUGGAUUGAUGGCAUUCGGAAAUCUGAAUGCGUUGGAAACACCUCAUGUUCUGGAUUGAGUGCAUUCACUUUCUCAGAUCCGACAUUAUCUUCUGAACCAACCGGAUUUCUCUGGAAUUCCAAUCAACCUGAUGGUACUGCAAGAGAUUGUCUCAUAUUCAAAAUUAACAGUGAUAAAAGUUAUGGAAUUGACGAUAAUUUAUGCACAAUGAGAAAUUCAACGAUUCCAAAGAUGCGUUUGUCAGGGUAUCUUUGUGGGGAAGUGCCCAAAGUUAGAUGA